AUGGAGGAGCUGAAGAAGCGUGGCUUGCUCUCCAAGUGCGAUGUCGUUGAGAACAAAAGAUUGGCAUCAGAUGGAGAGCUUGAGGCCGUGCACGAAAGGCCUUAUAUUAGACGCAUGAAGAACACGACUAAGGUACGCCUUCAACUAUCCAGUUUAUUUCCAUGCUCCUCCUGUUUGGUUCACAUGGUUAGGAGGUUGCGAGAUCUUCUGUUUGUCGUCAUUUCAUCAUUUCAUUUCAUUUCAUUUCAUUGCGUUCAUUUCGAUCUCUCGCCACACUGCGGCUCUCUACAUAAUCGCAGUAUUGUCGUAAUGCCAAGUAUUUCUAAGAAUUAUCGCUGCGUACCAAUGUCAUCCCAUCAUUUCUUCCAGCUAUCGGAGUCAGAGUUGCGUGUAACCGAAGACGGAGUAAACUCUAUUUUUCUAACUCACGAUACUUUCCACAUUGCUAGCAAAGCCGCUGGAGCGGUUCUCGAGGCGAGUGAGGUCAAGUUAUUGGGAUCAAAAGGCCUCCCUCGCAUAAAAUCAUUAGCUGUGCCUCUAGAAGAUUCAUUGAACAUCGUUUCUAGAACAUUUUGA